AAGAAAAUCUGCCUAUUUAAAUUCCAGUGCAAUCUACGACAAAACUUGAGGAACAUCACACCCAUGCGAUUUCAAUCAACACUCAUGACAGUCUCGCUAAAGCCUCGAGCUACUCCGGCCAGCGAGUCUACUCAGCUUCCACCGCCAGCAGAGUCCACAACCCAAACAGCGACAGCUCCAGUCUUCACAUAUGUAACCCCUCCAGCAACAUCAAGCCAGUCCCUCAACUCAAUAGGCACAGGCAACUCCAAUUCGGGAUUCACACCACCGAUUCAAGGGGGCGUAAGUCUUGGCGUAUGUGUCGUUCUUCUGGCUGCCGGGCUUCUCGCACAUCGCUACAAUAAGCGGAGGUUGAAUAAACGCUCCGAAGCCAAUCAAGAUUCUACAUCAACACCAGAGGACCCGAAUCCUUCAAUGUCAGAAUCGCCUGCGCAGCACAUGUCAAGCCGACAGCGAGAAAAGAUGCCAGCAAGUAAUAAUACAUUUCAGACGAUUGUGGAUGAUGACGAGAUACGCCCAGUGACUCCUCAGAGGGCAUUUUUUGCACCGAAAAGGGGAGGGCGGGCGGAUGAUGACUCGUCUUCGUUGAUGAUUUCGCCGUGUUGAAAUACAGGAUUUUUCAGAGCGAUAUUUUAUUUCGACGUCGGGUUCGGCACUUAAACACCGAUGAUAUCCCAGGGAAGGAAAUCUCGAUAUAAGCCUGAGAAAGCUUCUAUAGAGUUAUUAUCAACAUGGUAGCAAACGCAGCUUCAUGUACAGAGUUGGGGAAUUAAUUAUAAACUGGGCUGAGUUGAAGCAGGCCGAGUAUUGCCAUAGAAAACGAAAAUACGGUGUAAUAAUCUUUUUUAGGCAAAUGUAUAUACUUCCUUAAGCUACAACCAAUUUUGGAUGUUUGUC